AAUGACUGCUGUUGAUUUAGGGUGCUCAUCUGGUCAGAACACACUCUUCUUGGUCUCCAAGGUGAUCAAAGUGGUAGGCCGUGAUAGUGACGAAAAAUCAAGGUGCAACCCUGUGGAGCUCCAGUUCUUUCUCAAUGAUUUACCAGGAAAUGACUUCAACUAUGUCUUCCGUUCACUCGAACGGUUCAAAGAGUCGAUAAUAGCGGAACAAAAUACACUGCUACCACCUUUCUAUAUUGCUGGGUUACCAGGCACCUGCUACACUAGGCUUUUCCCUCGCCAGAGUUGUCACCUCUUUCACUCAUCAUACUGCCUCCAUUGGCUCUCUCGGGUACCACAAUUGGGUAAAGAACAUUUAAAUUCAGGUACCUGCUGGAUUAGAAGGAGGGAGUACUUAAACGGGGGAAACAUUUGCGUUGAUAAGACUACGCCAGCAGGUGUUGCGGAACUGUACCGACUACAAUUUCAGAAAGACAUGUUAUUGUUCCUCAAGUUGCGGCACGAAGAGCUAGUGCUUGGCGGGCAAAUGAUGCUAACGUUUCUUGGGAGAAAAUAUGAGGACAUAUACAACAACGGAUAUGUGAACCAUACUUGGGGCUUACUUGCGCAAUCUCUGCGAUCUCUUGUUAAAGAAGGUCUGCUGGAGAAGGAAAAGCUCGACUCCUUCAACCUUCCCAUUUACGCGCCAUCGGUCAAUGAAGUAAAGGAGGUAGUCGCUCAAAACGGGUUGUUCAACAUCAGCCACAUCAAAUUGUUUGAGUCCAACUGGGAUCCUCAUGAUGAUUCAGAAGGGGGUGAGGUACAAAAUAGCGAACAGAGCGGGAUUAACAUCGCUAAGAGCUUGAGGGCGGUGUUUGGACCCCUACUUGCAAAACAUUUUGGUGAAUCCUUGCUGAACAGGUUAUUCAAGAAAUGUGCAAACUAUGCCACACAACACCUUGAGAGGGGAGAAGGAAAGUACCUUCUCAUCUGCGUGUCCCUGAAAAGAACAUAA